GGCCUCCAGAUUGGCGGCCAAUUUGCUGUAAGCAGAAACUCUGCCCUGUUCUGUAGCCAGCUGGGCAAAGUCACACCAGCUGCGGUGGGAGAGGUACUCCUGCCCCAGCCGACGUGGGGCCACAUCCCACUGCCAGAUCCUUGAAACAACUACCAGAUGGUCAUUCUGCUUCCUCAUUCCUGGACAGCAGUGUAAGAUCUGGAUUUACAGCUGGGGUCCUUCUGUGAUUUUCUAGGACUCUGACUUUGGAGCUCUGUGUGUGGGACCCACGUCCUGGGCUCGGAGCCAUUUUCUGGCCAGAGCAUUCUCCUCCCUCUCUUCUGCCCCUGGAGGGGAAGUUGCCAGUGUCCCGAGGCUCUGGGAGGCAUGUUCAGGAAUGCGGCAGCCAUCUCUUUACAGCUGACGGGGCCCCUCCAGAGAAAGAAGGCUGGAACAUCUGUCACUCGGUGCUUGCACCAGACUCUCACCAUGGCCAAGAGGGUGCAAGCUCGCAGGCUGGACGGGAUUGACCACAACCCAUGGGUGGAGUUUGUGAAAAUGGCCAGUGAGUGCGAUGCUGUGAACUUGGGCCAAGGCUUCCCCGACUUCCCACCCCCAGAUUUCGCUGUGGAAGCAUUUCAGCACGCCCUCAGCAGCGACUUCAUGCUGAACCAGUACACCAGGGCAUUUGGUUACCCACCCCUGACAAAGAUCCUGGCAAGUUUCUUUGGGAAUCUGCUGGGACAGGAGAUAGACCCACUCAAGAACGUGCUGGUGACUGUGGGUGCCUAUGGGGCCCUGUUCACAGCCUUCCAGGCCCUGGUGGAAGAAGGAGACGAGGUCAUCAUCAUUGAGCCCUUUUUUGACUGUUAUGAACCCAUGACGUUGAUGGCGGGGGGUCAUCCUGUGUUUGUGACCUUGAAGCCGGGCCCCACUCGGGAUGGGGAACUGGAUUCCAGCAGCAACUGGCAGCUGGACCCCACAGAGCUGGCCAGCAAGUUUACCUCUCAUACCAAAGCCCUAAUUCUCAACACACCCAACAACCCUGUGGGAAAGGUGUUCUCCAAGGCGGAAUUGGAGCUGGUGGCCAGCCUGUGCCAGCAGCAUGACGUGAUCUGCAUCGCCGACGAGGUCUACCAGUGGCUGGUCUACGACGGGUACCAGCAUGUCAGCAUCGGUGAGCCAAGCCGACCUGGGUGCCGGCGUCUCCCCCUGGACUUUUGUGGCCGGGCCCCGGAGCCCAACCCGGAAGUGGGCUGGGUCCUGGGCCCGGACAGCCUCAUGAAACACCUGCGCACGGUGCACCAGAACUCUAUCUACCACUGUCCCACGCAGGGUCAGGCGGCAGUGGCCCAGAGCUUCGAGCACGAGCAGCUUCACUUUGGCCAACCCAGCAGCUACUUUGCGCAGUUCCCGCAGGCCAUGCAGCGCACCCGUGACCACAUGAUACGCAGCCUGCAGUCUGUGGGCUUGAAGCCCGUGGUCCCCCAGGGCAGCUACUUCUUCAUGGCAGACAUCUCAGACUUCAAGAGCAAGAUGCCCGACUUGCCCGGUGACGUGGAUGAGCCCUACGACAGACGCUUCAUCAAGUGGAUGAUCAAAACCAAGGGCUUGGUGGCCAUCCCCGUCUCCACCUUCUACAGCGUGCCUCAUCGGAAGAUCUUUGACCACUAUAUCCGCUUCUGUUUCGUGAAGGAUGAGUCCACACUCCAGGCCAUGGAUGAGAAGCUGCAGAAAUGGAAGAAGGAGCUCAGGCCCUGACACCACCUGCUCAGCCCUGCCCCACCUGGUUCCCGCGGGCUCUGCCAGGCUCUGCCUUUGUCCGGGUUUCAGCCAUUCCCAAGUCGGGCGUAUGGAGUGGGGGGGGCCCUUCUCUGGGACACAGGAUGUCCCCCGGGCAGAGCCCUCUUUCUUGAUCUUGGUGGAUUCGGGAGCACUUUACUACAGUGCCUAUAUUCCUGUCCCGGUGGUGAGGUGUACCCGAAGCAGGCCUCUCCCUGCUCCUCCCUGGGUGGGGUGAUACAGUCCUGGGCCCCCUCUGUAUUUUUCCCAGUCUUGUCUGAGGCUCAGUGGACAGAGUCCAACAGGGUACUGGCCUUGAGUCCCAGCCCUGCCCUGGCCCCAGCCCUGCACUGGCCCCAGCCCUGCACUGGCCCCAGCCAAGGCUUUAGCAUCCCUCCCUUUCCUUAUUUAACCUUCACUUUGGGAAGCGGUCUCUAGGCUUGGGUCCUCAAGCCAGUACCUUUCACCCGUAAUAAAGUUUUAAGUUAUUUAGACCCUUA